AUGGAUCAAUCUUUAAUUUCUCAUAGGGAUCAAACAAAAUCUUCACAUUCGAAAUCAAUGAAAACAAUACAUUUAAGGACUUUAUCAUCGCAAUCACCACAUUCACAAAAAUUGAAGAUUUUUGAGAAGCUUCCGACUUUACAUAAGAGGACAUCUUCUAAUUUGAAUUUACCACAGCUUCAAAAUACUGAAAAUUUGGAAAAAUUUACAAGAGAUAUUUCAUAUAGAUUGGAUACUUUAGAAAAAGUCAAAAGUCGGCUUGAGUCUCAAGAGCACCAGCUAAAAGACAUAUUGGGGGUUAAUCCCGAGGUAAAACCGUUUACAUUACCAACAUCGUUAAUAGAGAUUGAAAAAGAAAUCAAUGAAAAUUCUGAGAUGAUGAAUGGACCACAGAAUAAAUUUAUAAAAGAAUUAGAGUCCCUUAAAUUAAAGAUUUUUCAAGAUCAACUCAAAAGAAACGAAAAUAUAAUUAAAGAAGGAGGUUUACUUUUUAGAACUCAGAAUGGACUUAUACAACCACAUUUGUCGAAUUUACAUGAAAAAAUACUCAAUAAAAGGUUUCAUAAAGAAAAAAAGGAGCAUAAGGCUCUAACACAGAGAGGUGAGCUGGAGUUAGGAGCUCCAUCUGGAAGAAGAGAAGCUGAGCUUUUGUCUGAAUGGCUUGAUUAUAUGAUCGAAAAAAAUGUAAUAAAUACUGAAAAAUGCUUUGAUGAAAAAAUAAGAGCAGCACAGCUGAUUUAUACACUUUGCUUUAAAGAAGUUGUAAGGCAAAUAGGCGGGUAAUCAUGGAAAAGCCCUCCGAUGAUAAAAUAACAGUAAAUUUUAAAUCUAUAAAAAUGACACAAUGGAGAAAAAAAAUUAAAAAGACGUAUAAAUUAAGUGUAAUAUACUUUCUCCAUUUUAUUUUAAAUUAUCUGGAAUAAUUCAUAGAUAGUGUUUAAUAUUCAUAUUAAUUCUAUUUUUUUAAUAUCAUUAUUCACGAUAUUCACAGGCUUUUUAGGUGUUUUUUAAUUUUUUUUCCCCCAUUGCUGUUUUGUGCGAUUCUAGCAACAUAAAAUUUCACAGUCAUCUUUACAGAUUUAAAAUUUACUGUAAUUUUAACAUCGUAGAUUUUUUUUCAUCACUAACCCAAAUUAGCGUUCACUGUAUUGAAAGAGGUAUUCUUAUGGAAAAGAUAUGAAAUGCACAAGUAGAUUUAUAUAGCCAGCACGAAAGCACCACAAUUGAAUCUCUAAAUAAAAUAGAAAGAAAAUUUGCCGAUUUAAUAAAAGACCAGCUCAAUGCUUGUGAUAAUAAAGUAAAAGAGUUAAAUAAAAUCAUUGAAGCAUUGAAGCAAGAAAAAGAAGAUAAAGAGAUUGAAUUGGAUAUUAAAGAGAGAGAUGUUAUUCAGUUAAGAAGAGAAAUAAAUAAGCAUAUUGAAGAUAAAGAAAAUUUGAAGGAUAACUUAAAAGAAGCUGAAAACGCUAUUUACAAUCAUCCAAGGAUUAAAUAUAAUUCUAAAAUAAAAAAGAAUGAUAUUGCUGUGGAUACAAGUGACUUUAUCGUUCAAGAAGCUGCCAAUUUGCCGGUUUCUGAAAUAAAAUCUGAAAUUAUUGAUUUGAUUACUUCUGAUCCAUCUUUAAAUCUUAUGAUGGAGAAAACCAAUCUGAAAUUAAACCCCCUUAAGCUUGUUGUCAGUAAGCCAGAAAAUAUCUUAAUAAAAUCAAAUAAAGCAGAACAAUUAGAUGCGAAUACCUCGCUUGAUUUUUAUUUUACAUAUCAAUAUCAUGAUUAUCCAACCCAAACUUCUCCCCAAAACCUUUACAUCAAGGCAUGUGACUCAAUCAGCAUUGAGCCGUUUAAAAGAAUGGCUGCUUUAAUUGAGGCAUCACAGAUUGAAGCUCAUCAACUUAAGACUAUCAUCUAUAAGUAUGGUUACCCAUUGGCCAUUGCCUUUUCUUGACUCCCACCAUAUAUUCGAGUGCAAACGAGUAGAUGGAGCAUGCCCUCUUAAAUUCCGAUCUCAAUCAUCAACCCAGAGAUCACUCUGGAAGGUGCCUUGAUGGUGUAUAAGGAAAGAGCAUGUGGUAGAAAAACCUUUAUAGUUAAAGUGGGGCAGGAAAACCGUUCGGGAGAAACGAAAUUUCCCUUUUUGGACAGGCAUCCUCAAACCAAAGACCUACUAAAAAUCGAAGCAUUCACCUGAUUUCAGCACGAUGGGUUGCCUUACCUGCUUCGUAAGCAAUUAACCUCUCAGUCCAAAUUCACCAUUUUAUUUCUGUCUUCCAACUUAAGGAAGACCUUGAACUUUUAAACAAAAAUAUGACAGAAAUUGAAGAAAAAGCUCAGCAAAUCACAUAGCUUACUUAAAUUAAGAUUAUCAUAGAGGAGCUGAAGCCAGCCAUGUUAGUUUUUCAUGUCCCCUUCCUCACCUACCCUCUUGCUUGUCAGUCCUAUUGCACGGCCUGAAGGUAUGUGCUUCUUCUUCUGGAUGAGGGCUUGCACUCGCGGCCUGGAAGUAAAGAUGCUGAUUUAUCUUGCAGUAUGUCAACGGGUUUGCUCUUUCCGAUAAUUCAAAAAGCGAAAUUUAGGUCAGGCUGUCGAUCGAGAUGAAAUUUGUAGCCCAGGGCACAGCUCCUGGUAUCGCGCUGGGAAGUAGCCCGAUUGUACAAGCGAAUGCCUCUAGCCUUGCUGAGCUUUCCUUUCCAACUUCCAUCAUAUCUGGGUAUAAAACCUUGCCCUGCAAAUGAUCCUACUUUGAUCAGCCCGACAUUACGUUCAACCAGACCAAGUAAACCCUGACGGAAACUCUUAUUGCACACUGCUCUACGUUCCAUAAGACUCUUGUCUUAUUAUAUGUUUUAAAAGAGCAGAUUGGUUCUCCGUGCAAUUUUAUGUGUGCUAAGCAAAUCACACAAAUAAAUGAGCCAAAAGCUAAUCAAAAAACUUUUAAAGGAAGAAAAAUGGCUAAAUCUUAAAAUAGACUUAUUACUUAAUUUAAUUUAAAUUUAGUUGGGCCUCAGGUUGCACAGGACAAUGAAGUCCAUUUUUCCUCGGUUUUGGUCGCUUCCUACUUCUAGCCUCCGUGGAGUCAUUUGAAGGCCGAGAAAUCUCGGGAACACUUGUGGCUUGGCACCCUGCCAACUUUCCUACAGCCCUGUCUGGGCUUAAGUGUCCUGCCUUUAUUGGUCAGUGAAAAGAGGUAAAGCACUAUGCCUGUAUGAUGCGAAGUCAAAUGCCUUCGCCAUUUCUUCCCUAUCAGACAGAAGUGCACGUGUAAAAACCUAACCCUAUAAUAAUAAAAGUUAGGUGAGGGAGAGGAAUUCAAGGAGUGAAUUUUCCUCUCAUCCGAAGCCAUUUUAUUAUUAUGGCAAAAUCUUUAACAGUUGUAGCGCUAUCAUUAGGAAGUAUUAUAGGAGAAAAUAAAAAAAUAUUAGAAAACCACUGCAAUUUUUUAGAGAAUAAUAUAGGGUUUUACCCUGAUUAGCCCUAUAAGGGCAGAUGAUUCCCAGUCGAAUCAUCGAGUUGGUCCAACCAACAAGUGAGUUGGACCAACUCGAUGAUUCCACCGGGAAUCAUCUGCCCUUAUAGGGCUAAUUAGGGUAAAACCCUAUAUAAUAAAAAAUAUUGAACAAGAAAACUUUUGCUCUCAGACAGACUUUCCUGACGUAAUUCCUGAAGAAGCAAUGGAAUCUGAAGAAGCACGUGAAAAAUCUCUGCCAGAGCGCCUUCAUAAAAGUAUUCAAAGAUUUCAAGAGUGCUUAAGUGCUUAUAAAAAUAAUCGAAAAAGUCCAAAUGAAAUCAUGAAAGACGAUUUGAUAAAAAGAAAGGGAAAUAAAUUAACCUCCCUCAAGAAUACUUUUUAUCAAAAUAUUUUACAUAAAAAUUUUCAUAUCAAAAAAAUUUUUACUCACAGAGAGGCUAAUUUCCAGUAAAAAUAGAUUUUUUUCUAAUUAUUACUCGAUCAUGGAGAGGGCGAUUAAGGAUUUUGCUUGACCGUUUGUAUCCUAUAAUAGAAGAAUCUGAUGGAAACCAGCCGAAAAUGAUUUUUGAUAAUUUUUCUCAAACAGAUCUUACAGGAGAUAACGUAUUUAUUGAUAGAGUCUUAAGACAGCCAACAGGAGUGAGCGAAUCUGAUAAAAAUUUUGAAUCUUUUAUGAGUGACCAAAAUACAUUAAGAGAAAACAAUAUGCUCAAUCCUUACCUAAAUGAUAAAGAAUCAAGCGACCAAAUUAUGAAAACUUUUGAUAAUAGAACAAACAUCAAGCGUCUAUUGAGAAUUCCAAGCGAAAUUCCAUCAUCAAGAACUUUUGCGGUUAAUAGCGAAGAAACGAAAGAGCAUGAAAGGAUUAUAGACAGGCACAGAAUCAGGACCAGUCUUCCCAAAAUUGCAAUUGCAGCUGAAGAGUUUUUAUUAGGCCAAAUUCAAAAAAAAAUAUUUUUAACACACCCAGGACAAAAACUACUAGCUCCCUCCUUGAGCGAUCAAAAAAAAAGUUGUUCACUCAUAGAGGGGUUUUUAUUUAAAUAUUUAUAUAAUAAAUUGUUUUUUCCAAAAAUCCGUUUUAGAAUUAGCUAGAGAUUUCAUUAUAUUAAUUAUCCUUAUAUAUCAAAAUAUUUUUCAUAAUUUUUUUUUCAAAUAGCUUUUGGGUAAAAAUAGUGAUUUUUCUAAGGCUUUCGUUCGCUCACAGAUGGGGAGAGUAAGACAAAUCAUGAAAGACUUGCAGUCCAAAAAGCAAGUCAAGCACUCGAUUGGAAUAAAAAAUCUGAUGAAGAUUAUUAAUAACCUCUACACAGAAAAAUCAUUGCUUUGUAGAGAAAAUCAGUCGCAUCGAAAUGAUGAAGCUAGCAAUGUUCUCUAUGAUAUGAUGAUUAAUAGGUAUGGGCUCAAAAAUGUUGCUGAAAAUAAAUUCAAAGAUGUCAUUAUUUCAUCAAUGGUUUAUUCAGAGACAAAUUUAAGGGUCAGGAAUUUCACCCACUUUCUAGGCAUUCAAGGAAAUUACUCUCUCUCUGAUUGGAAUUUUUAUUUAAACAGCAUCGAAUUUAUGGGCUAUUGCAAUCUAGGACCUUACAUAUUAAAUGAUGAGUCCUCAAAUGAGCACUAUUCUCCUUAUGAAAGAGCUGCAUUUUGUGCAAUGACAUAUUUUCAAAAGAAGCUGCCAUUAGAAUUAUACGAAAAACUGAUAUGAAAAUUAGAAAAAUUAAAAAUUGAGCCUCAAAGAUCCAUGAAGUCUCACCAGAAGAUUACAAUUCCAAAGAUCAAUACAGACGAGUUUCUUGAUUUGAUGCUGGAAUAUUACCAUAAGCUCAAAGAUGUAUUUUAUAAAUACUACUUCUCAGAAGAACUAAAGAAUUCAGAAUUUUUGGAAUUGGAGCCUUUUAUUGAGACAAUGUCAAAAAUCCAAGGACUUAAAAUUAAUGAAGAAGGACUAAGGUCUGGGUUUGAGUCAUACUGCAAUUAUAUUAAAAAUGAAGUUGGAGAAAUUGUGAAAGGAAUUAGUGUGGAAAGCUUAUUAAGCUUUGGAGUAGACAACGAUGCUGUUAAUUUUCAAAUUUUGUUUGAAAAGACUCAAUAG